AUGAGCGGUGCUUCACCGUCCCCGCCAGACUCGUCUCUGGAUGAAGCCACCGAAGAAGGAUUCAUACUGGCGAGUAUCAACACUCUGCUGAACCGCGUGGGUAUUUCUGCAAAGCCCAUCAACUCGUUCGAGGAGCUUCGCAAGAGCGCAUCUAGCAUGUUUGUUGCCAUCUUCGAGGCCAUGUUCCAGGUCCGGCAGCGAGGAGUCGUGCGAAAGCCGGCGCACGUCCACAACUACGUCCACAACGCGCAGAUGGUGGUAGAUGCUCUCGCCGGCCCAAUCCUGAACAUGGACCUCUCGCACAUCACGGGAGAGGCGAUUGUCAGGGGUGAUACUGUGGCCAUACGUAACCUGGUGGACAUCUUCAUGGGGAUCAGCGAGGUGGUUAUCAAGCGCCAGGCCCGACCGGAUGGUGGGCCUGCUGCGCAGGAGUUUUGGGCUGGAUCUCGCCGGAGGCUGAAGGCCCGCCAGGGGCAGCCGCAACUUCAACAACAGCAGAACCAAGCGCAGCACCAUGGCACAAGCUCACACCCACCACCUACGGCUAGCCGUUUCAGUCGUCACCGCCAGCACGCCACGCGCGUGUCAGAUACUGGUAGAGGAGACAGGGAGCACGGAUUGGGGGUGCGACCGCCUCGGCACGAAGGCUUGCAAGAGUCUGAUCACGACGGACUGGACGAGAGUCUAGGGAGGUCCGAGCUGAGCCCCUUUCGGGGAGAAACGGAACUGAAGUCGAGCCCCUCGGGGGAGGCCCUGACUGCGCGUGACAUUCUCGAAGCCCACAGGAUGUUUGAGGAGCGGGAAGGGGUUUUUGAGAGGCCCGAAGAUGUGGAUGUGCAACAGGGGCCGCUCAGGGGCGAGCAACUUGGAAUGGAUCGGCGUGUCAAUAGACAGGAGGAGGAUCGGGAAAUGAAAUACCGCCGAUACUAUCAACGGGUACUCAAGGACCGUCUCACGGCGCUGCGGAAGAGGGAACUCGCGGACGCUCGGAAGCAGCGUUUUGCACACCAGAACGCUACUCACGUCGCGAAGGUCCGCCAGAUAAAGAAAGAGCGCUUGGAAGAGAAGCUACGGCUAGCAAGACUGUCUCAGCGCUUGCACUUGCAGGACGAAGGCCGCGGCCGGCUGAGUGACUUGUACAAGAAAAUUCUUACAGCGUUACACCGUCAGAGGAAGGAGGAUGAUCGGGAGGAUGCGGCACGACUGAAGGCCCUUCAUCUAGCGUGGCAGGCGCAAUCCGACGACCUCGAGAAGUUCUUCAAAGAGCGCGUGGAGCUGAUUGUGGAACAUGAACAAGGUUCUGGUAGGGAGCGUGCCCAGACAAUGGCCUUGGAAGAAAGGGAGCUGUCGGAUCUAUUCCGCCGCGCCGAAAUGGACUACGAGGCCCGUCUCUCCAGUCAGCUCGAACAACAGGCGGUGGAGGCAGCGGCUGAGGAACGGUACCAUGCCGAGGUCCAGCACGCCUACAAGGAGCUGCUGCACAUGGAGGACUGGUCUGGCGCCUCACGAGACAGGUUCCUAGGCGUUCGACCGAAUACCGCCUUCGAGCAGCGACUCAAGCAGGUGCGCGUGAGGGCAGACACGGCGAGGUCGCGAAUGAAGAAGGAGAGGAAGCACAGAAAUCUCAACAGAGCGUAUGGAAGGGGCAGCUGA